GGACUGAAGGAGUGGCUCUGUGAUUUCGUCCGCCGAUAUUGUCAACGAGUGGUGCUGGAGCUCAGUGCUACUGCUCACCACCUACAAAUUAAUCACUCACAUAAAAUCAUAUUUUGUAAUUUCAGAAAAAAUUCUAAGUAAAACAUAACAGCAAAAUUCAUCCAAAGAUUCCGGACAAUCUGUUGGAUAGAUAUUGCUGUUGUUGCUACAGAACUAAAUUUGGUACAAGGCUUCUGCCAUGAGAGCUCUUCAGGCUUCCACUUCUUACAGCGUAAGCUUCGCCAUUCCAUCCGUCGCCCGGCCGCCGCCUCGCCGCCAUGGAAUUGUGGCUAAAGAGCCAACUGAAAAAUCAGUAGAAAUAAUGAGGAAAUUUUCGGAGCAGUAUGCUCGCAAGUCCGGCACGUAUUUCUGUGUCGAUAAAGGUGUCACCUCGGUUGUCAUCAAGGGGUUGGCAGAACACAAGGAUACAUUAGGUGCACCCCUUUGCCCUUGCAGGCACUAUGAUGAUAAAGCUGCUGAGGCACAGCAGGGCUUUUGGAAUUGUCCGUGUGUCCCUAUGAGAGAAAGGAAGGAAUGCCACUGCAUGCUUUUUCUCACCCCUGAUAAUGAUUUUGCCGGCCAGGAACAGGUCAUAUCCUUGGAAGAAAUCAAAGAGACAACAGCGAAUAUGUGAUGCUUUCUUCUUGUAAUGAAUAGCAACUUGUGAAUGUAAAUUUAUGUCUAUGAUGAAGAAAAUAUAAUCCUGUAUGCCAUAUUAGCAAUGGGCUUCCUUUGUUUCACAUCAUUCGUUGUUGUGGCUUCUCCUCAUGCCAUGCUUGUUUGAUUCAAUUUCAAAAGGUGAACUCAUACCUUAUCUUUUGAUGCUGCUUCAAAAAUUCUCGAAAGCUAUAUAUGCAGUGAUUUGUUAA